CUGACAGCAGGUCUAGGCGCUCUUAUGUGGCGAUAGUACGAAAAGACUUGCGUAUGAAGCAAUCGCUUCCUGGACAACAGAGUUGCGCACUAGUGGGCUUCUGUUGUCCAGUGUCUUAAUAUUGUUGGAGGUAGUUGGCAUCUCUUUUUUGGUUUACGAUUCGACCACGAACCAGGCAGCAGCUCGAGGCCUCAUCAUUAUCGUCGUAGCAUCUUUCCUUGCAGCAAGUUGGAUGGUUACAUUAUGGGUAUUCGGGUUCUAUAAAAGCAACGCCACCAUCCAAGCAUAUCAUCUGGUCACGAUUUCCGCGAUGUGCUUGCUUCUCGUCGCCCACGUCCUCCUACUCGCCCUUUUCUAUACACAUAUUCGGUAUAUCUUAUGGGGGGUAUUAAAUAUAUGGGCAGUUAUGCUUGUCUCGUUGCUUGAAGCCCGCGCUCUAUACAAUAUUCGGGUUCGAAAUGCGUCUACAGGGUCUAUAGAGCUUAGUCGGUUAUCAUAAACUUGUCCGGUUUAUGUAGCACCUGCCGGACCCUAUCCGUUGUUACGAUCUAUUGUUAUUGUAGCUUAUUGCACGGACCUAGCGGAAGGAUGCAAAUCUUCUACUUGAGGUGUGGUUUGCGGCUACCGAGGAUUUGCUGCGGUCACGAGCUAAGCAAGGAGUCUGGAUUACGUGAUGAAAUCAUCAGCAGCAUCAUGGUUCAUGAGAAAGGCUUACGAUAAGACGGGCCAGCUAACGGGAUAAAUAAAGGAGGAGAUUUCUAUAUGUGCUAUAAUGUUAUAUUAACAACAGAGAGCGGCCUUAGAAAGGAUGGUUUAAGUUAAAAGC